CAGCAUUUCGACCUCCUAAUUCAUCGACUUCCUACCUAUCGCAUAUAAUAGUGCGCAGAUGCAAAAGCCAUGGCAACACAUGAUAACGAAGCGCACGGCUCGACCUUCGAUAAUAACUGCCGCUGGCCGAGACGGCUUCUGCACCUUGCUACGUUGACAUCCUACCCCUGGGAGCCCGGAAACCGAUAUGGUUGCUAUAUAGAGCCAGAAUACUUCGCGAUUUCGUAUACCUGGGGUCGAUGGGAGCUAGAAGAGGGAGACUACCCCGGUAUUCCGCAUUUGGACUUCCAUACCCCAUGGAAUAUUCCCCGCGUUAACCCCAACCGCUUUACCCAGAAACAAUUCAUCGACGUUAUUCAAGGCUUACCGAAGCUCAGCGACAAACCGAUAGAAUUUCUCUGGCUUGAUGUAGCCUGCAUUGACCAACGCGAGCGAUCCCACGAGAAAGCCAUGGAGAUUGGUCGCCAAGGGGUUAUCUUUCGUGGGGCUUACCGCGUAUUCGCCUGGUUGUAUACAUACAACAGGAGCGAACUUCGGUCGAUAAGCGAACAGCUCGCCAGCUACUGGCGAUAUGUGUGGAACCCUUUGCUGAAGAACAAGGCAACGACGGAGGAUAUCGCGGAGGUGGUAGGCAACAUUAUUUCAACGUUGGAGAAAUACACGGCGGACCCAUGGUUUACCUCCCUAUGGACGCUACAAGAGGCAUAUAUCCGUCCUGACGCUCUGCUGUUGGAUCGAGACGGAGAUCAGUGGCUUGCGAAGAUAAACUCGAUUUCGCCACGUUUUAGUGAAGAGGAAGUUCCUAUAGGAGUGGAGGACGUUUUCGAGAGCUUUGAUAUGCUCUACAGAGCCAUGAAUGAGUUGCCCAUUUUCUGUCAUAACCAGGACUUGCACGGCAUUCGAGAUCGGAUUGAAGCAACGGGAUGCGCCGCGCUGAAGACCAGGAUCCCGACAAUACUCCUUAGUGCGUCCCAGAAGCGGAAGAUCGGUCCAAAGAAUACCAAUGAUAGAGUUUACGGGAUCAUGCAAGCCUUUGGUCUCAAACUAGGCGUAUCUGAGCCAGACUCUCCGCCUCACGCUAUUUACGACUUGGAGACGCUAGAGGAUCAGCUCGGAGCAAAGCUUAUGGAAACAACGCCGGCAAUGAGCCAGUUGUUUACACAUUCAAAGCCUGCCCCUGUUGGAAAGGCCUGGAGGAUGAGUUACAACACCUUCAUUCCUCAUUUGGCAACUCUCGCGAGCUCCGUCAUCAGAAUGAGCUCCUUCGAAACGACCACUACGCUGUCUACAAGAAACAUAGGCGAUACAGUGGUUGGUCACUUCUCCGGACCGACAUGCUCCAUACAACAAUUAGUGUAUCCCUGGCGAGAAUACCAUGUGAACCAACAACUGACCGGGUACUUUGGGAACAGCGUAGGGGUUGCUCUUGAUGAUAUGGUCGGCCUAACCCCACCUUUAAAACUUUGGAAGUUCUUUGGUGUAGGGGAAGGGGAGUAUUCACUCGUUGACUGGUUCAAGAACGAAGGAUUAACAGUUAUGGUUCACAUGCUUGGUCGAAGCGUCAAUCUGCCGAAAAAUUACGCAGAAAACACCCCUAUGCGGGCAGUGCAAGUUGUUGGAUUAUUGCUUCUACGUCCUGAAGAUGCAGUUGGUCCAGAAUGGAGGAGGUUGGGAAUUUGUUGGUGGAGAAUUUGGGAUCAUGAUUACAUGAACCGAGUCGAAGGAAACUCAAGUCUGGCGACUCUUGCUGGUAAGGGAGAUGGGUGGACGCUUCAGCAUGGAACAUUCGGAUAGCUGAGAGCGCUAGAAAAUUCAGCAUUAGGAAAACUUUUUUCGACAU